AUGUCCCGCGCAGGUGGGGGCGUGGCGAAGGGCGGGCAGGGGCCGUGGCCGCGCGCUGAUUGGCUGCGGGGCGGGUCUGUAAAGGCGGAGGGCGCGCGGAGCGAGCGCCAUUUUGUCCUCGUGGUCGGGAGUGAGGAGGACUCGCCUGCGGCCGCUGCACUUCGCUGGACAUUUAUGAAAUUCAUGGGCAGUCGGCGUAGAAAGGCCAGGAUCACACCAGCUGAUGUCCAGGCCCAGCCUGACACCAUCCCGACCCAGCUGACAAAUCCUGAUGUCAGCACCGCGUCGACUGCUGCCCCAGCAAAGUGCGACACCGCAACCAGUGAUCACACAACCCACUGGGACACCACGUCCACCGAUGAUGAGUCAAACUGUGACUCUGUGCUGCCUGGUCUCACGGAGGAGGCCGACGCCACAACGAUGGAGGGCGUGGCGAGCACUGACGCCGCGCCUGUUCAGCGCCUGGCCGAUACCCCCAGCCUGGAGUUUCUUGAGGAGAGAGCUGUCUCUGCUGAAGUAGCCAUAACACCAGACGGAGACAUGCAGCAGAGACCCCCCACGGUGCCCAAGCUGGCCUGGGUGAAGGAGGAGGAGAAGGAGGAAAGCCCUAGGGCUGCUCCAACACAGCAGCCUGAAGAGGUGCAGCAGGUGCAGCCCCCGCAGGAGGAUGCAGGCCAGGAGCAGACAGAAGAGCAGCUCCGUGCCCGUGGCCGCUUCCGCAGGGCAGCACAGCUGGUUUGCAGAUUCAUCAGGUGCAUUUGGCAUGAAGAGGCCACUUUCAUGGCCACUGGGGACACGGCAAACUGGGACCUCUUCAAUGCCCAGACCAGCGCUGCCCUGCUGGAUAUGCUUGUGGAGAACGGUGUCUACAAAGCAAAGCAAGUGCCGGCCAUAGUCAGGUGCAUCCAUCAGUGGCUCACGUCCAAUGUAUCUGAUGAGCACAGGCUGGACAAGACUCUGGUCCUGCUGACCGAGGCACACCCCACGGAUGUUGCAGUGACCCUGCUGCGCUCUGCCCCAGCCUGUGACAGAGCUGCUCGCACCAUGUGGAAGACGCUCAUCUCCUCCAGAUGGACUAAGGAGCCGGUGCUGCAGAUCCUCUUCCAUGUGCUGGAAUACUGGCCAGCGCACAGGAGACGCACCUCUGAUGGGGAUGAGAGAGAUGUCUUUGCCCUGGCUGCAACUGUGGCACUCUGGGAGAUCCUCCAGCUGUCCCACUCCUGGUGCCCAAGUGCAGUGAAGGACAAUUUCCCGCGCCUCCUUCUGACUCUGCUCUUCCAAGUUUUCAUCAGCACAGAGGAGAUGUCAGAGGAGGUCGAGACCUUCUGGAGGCGAUGCCGGGAGCAGCGCAGCCUUCCCCCCAACCCCAACAGGUUUGCAGUGCAGACUGUUAAAGCCCUGCUGCGCCAGCUGCUGGAUGAGGACGUGUUGAUGGCGAUCGGUCGCAAGUGUGGCUGGGACAUGCUCCUCAAGGCUGACAGCCACCACUAUGCAGUGGGUCUGCUGGCCAGGGAGCUGUGCCAUGUCUCCUGCUCCUUCGGUCGCAGCAUCGCCGUCAGCCUGCUCCCGCGGCUCAGCAGGGGAGAGCCCCUGUGGGAACUGCCUGCCCUGGCGUUCCUGGUGGAGGUCCUGCACUGCCUGAUCCCCAGACAAUAUGGGCCCAGCAUCCUGCAGAUUAUUUCCAGGCACCUGCACAGUCAGUGCCCGGAGAGGCGUCGCCUGGCGCUCCGAGGCCUGGUGGUGCUCAGCAAGGCUCCCUCAAUGGCUAAGAGCAUCCGGAGCCUGAAUGAAAGCCUCCUGGAGCUACUGCAGGAUGCAGACACGGACGCGGUUGAGAUGACUCUCACUGUGUUCAUCAAUGUGCUGGGCUUGAAAAUCAUCCAAAUAUCCAGCCCAAUAGCCCUGAAGUUGCUUGAGGCGCUGCGGCCACUCUUUGACAACGAGCACAGCCAGCUGCAGCAGCUCUCCAUGCUCCUCUUCCGGGAGCUGAUGGAAGCGACAGAGAGGAGCAAGAGCCUAAAGCCACACGUGUACCUGAGUCUGGUGCCAUUCUACUUCAACUGGCACAAUGAGAACAAGCGUGUGGCAGAGGUGAGGACUCGCCUCUCGGAGAGCACUGUUUGGUGCAGCCAGGUUCCUGAAGUGGAGGGAUCUUGA